AGGUACAUAUUAACUACAUCUGUGGUAAAGUGUGUGUUCAAUUUCGUAGGAUUAAUAUAUUUUUUGCGUUAAUACGUAAAAAAAUUAAGGAAUCCCUAUUAUUACAUGUUAGAAAAUGGUUGAUCCCAUAUUCGAUUACCAAUUUAGACUUAUUUUAAUCGGAGACAGCACCGUCGGCAAAAGUUCGCUUCUGAAAUACUUUACAGAUGGAAAAUUUGCUGAGUUGUCGGAUCCCACCGUUGGAGUAGAUUUCUUUGCGCGUAUUAUUGAAGUACAGGAUGGUACGCGAAUCAAAUUACAAUUGUGGGAUACUGCUGGUCAAGAAAGAUUUAGAUCAAUAACAAAAUCAUAUUAUAGAAAUUCAGUGGGCGCUCUUCUAGUUUACGAUGUUUGUAAUAGAUCAAGCUUUGAGCAUAUUCCCCUAUGGAUGAUGGAAGCCAAACGUCACAUAGAACCACAUAGACCUGUAUUUGCUCUUGUUGGGUGUAAAGUAGAUCUUGUUGGAACAGAUUCUAAAAAUGGUGCACGGAGAGAGGUUUCCUGUGAAGAGGCUAGGAUGUUUGCAGAAGAAAAUGGCUUACAUCAUGUUGAGACUUCAGCAAAGACAGGGGUAAAUGUUGAACAAGCAUUUAUCCUUGUUGCUCAAGAAGUUUAUAACCGGAUUCAAACAGGCGAAUAUAAAGUUGAGGAUGGUUGGGAUGGUAUAAAAUCUGGUUUCAAUCGACCAAAUGGUAUGGACUUUAACCUUCUUGAAGCUGAAACUGUACAAUCUACAUGCUGCUAAUUGUUGUAUAUAAUUGGAUUAUAAACCUUAGUCACUUAAAACUUUGGUUUUGUCUUAUCCACUGUUUUAAGAGAAUUUGGUGUUAAGUGAUAUAAUGGCAAAUAUGUAGAUAUUAUGCACAGUAAAUUAAGUAUAGUGUACAUUCUAGUAUAUCUGUACUAACUAGAUGUUCUUAUAAUCUAUUAAUACUAUUACAUUAUCUCAAAUACAAUAAGGUUUUCAAUAGGCAUUUGAUAUAGUCUGCUUUUUACAAAUUGCACAAAUGUUUUUACUACUAAUUAUAUUUUGCUUUUUUCUGUAGUAUAUUAUAUACAGUUCAUAGUGUGCUAGAAACAUGACUUCCACUCAUUAAAAUAUAGCAGAGAUUGUGCUAUGUAUAUUUAUUAAAAUUAAAAAUACAUAGAUUAUAAAAAUUUGGCAGAAAUUUAAAAAAAAUAACAAAUUAAAUGCAAAAUCUUCUUGUAAAUAUUUUAUUAGCACUUACCACAAUCCCACAAAACAACCAAAGAGUUGGAUCUUUUGUUAUUUAUUUUUACUUCACAAUUAAAUUUAAGUCUAACAUUUACUAACAAAACCUACAUUAUGUAGUAGAAUUUUGUACCUGCAGUCUAACAUUGUCAUAUUAUUAUUGUUAAAUUAAUAAGAAAGAAAAUUGUUAAAUUAUUCAAGUCAAAACUAUCCUUAAAGGACAACCAUUUCUGUAUGUUUUAAAUUUAUUGAAAAGGAACAAAAAUAAUUACAGAUUUAAAAGCCUCAUUAAAAUAAAAAAAAACUUGCUUUAUUGUAUAAAACAAUGAGAAUUAAUUUUGGCAACCAUUUUGCAGUCCUUUUUAUUUCAAUAGUUAAGUAAAAGCUUUGUGCUUGUAAUUAAUCUUUAUUUUUACUAUUGACUUUAUUAAAUUACAAUCCCCCCCCAGACCCCAGAGCAGGUUUUUUUUUAUUUUAUUGGUUGGGCUUUCAUUUGUUUUCCUAUAAUCACUGUAUUAUUUAUAUAAUACUGCAAGAUGUGAAUUUGUAUUUCUUCUUACUCUUACAAUAAAAAUAAUUUUUAACUAAAUAUAGCUCACAGAAGUUGUACAAUGUACAGUUUGAAAAUCCAAAUACAUAAUUGAUUAGGUGUUAAUUAAUUAUACAUUGUGUAACAAAAAGGUGCAGGUCUUUAUAAAUAAUUAUUAAAUAAAAGUGUUUUACAUUA